GCUGUGACGAUAAUCCGUGACGCAGGUUCGCCCUCCAUCAGCAGCCGAGCCCACUGACAGAAAACACCACCUAGAAACCAGGCGAGCCCUCACGAUCUGUGGAAAUAUGUAGUGAGCUCGCACACUUCGUCGUAUUUCGUACAACAGAGGGGUUUGGCGGAGCUGAGCAGUUACAUGGGACGUUACCAUGGGUGGUCAUGAUGAUGAAGAUAUGACAUAUGUUGUGAACAAACAAAAGCAAGAUGAAGAGCUGAAGAACAAGCUGAAUGACGGCAGCCACUGGUGCGACCAGGAGUCCACUGGCAACAAUGCCAAGUGGCUGAAAGAAGGCCAGAACCAGCUGCGGAAAGUAGCCGAGAACCAACAGGACCAGGACCACAACUGCAAUAUCAACCAGAAUGGAAACAAGGAAGACUUCCCUCACCAGAACACCACUCAGGAAGAACAACAGGGAAACGAGGAGCAGAACAAGUCUCCCAAAAUAGCAAUGACCCCUGGUCUAAGUCAGGAGGAGUCCAAGAACAUCCUGAAUGAGCCGCUCCUCAUCGACACUCUGGAGUCCACAGAAGAGAAAGAUAAAGAGAGAGAAGAGGAUGACAAAGAGAAGGGAAACAAAUCUGAGGAUGAGGAGACAUCAGGUGACACCAGAGGAGAAAAAGUGGCCGAACAACAGGGCAACGUGGAGUCCCAGAGAGAGGGCAGCGUUGUGGGGAGGAACGCUUGCCUCCUCUUCUCCAACAUGAACGGGACGCCGAGCGAUGAAGAGUCCAGCUGGCCUGCGCUGUCUCAGGACAACACGGCCGACAGCUCUCCCAAUGGCAACAGAGAGUCCUUCUGGGACUCCAGUGCUUUCGAGACGGACACGGACCUGCCUUCAGGAUGGAUGAGAGUGCGGGACACAUCGGGCACGUACUACUGGCACAUCCCCACAGGCACCACCCAGUGGGAGCCUCCUUCACCUCUGGGGAAAGUUGGUGACUCCAUGAUGUCCUCUACUAUGUCCCUGGAGACUACCCCCUGCGAGGAACAUGAGGAAUCUUGGACUCAGCUGUCCAGCACGGAUGAAGGUGCCGGUGAAGGGGAACUGUGGAAGGAGGAGGGAGAGGUUGCAUCUGAUCAAAGUCUGAAGGAGUUUGAAGGAGCAACCCUACGCUAUGCAUCUAUCAACCUGAACUACAAUUGCUCCCAGUCUGAGGAAGAGGAGAAGCUGGCUCCACUCUGCACAGAUUUAGAAACUAAGUGUUUUGCAGUGCGUUCCCUGGGCUGGGUCGAGAUGUCUGAGGAGGACAUGGCACCUGGCAAGAGCAGUGUUGCCGUCAACAACUGCAUCAGGCAGCUCUCUUAUCACAAACACAACCUUCAUGACACUGCGGGCAUCUGGGGAGAGGGUAAAGACAUGCUAAUGGUCCUGGAGAACGACACCAUGAACUUGAUUGACCCACUGGGUCAGACUCUGCUUCAUGCUCAGCCGAUUGGCAGCAUCCGUGUUUGGGGUGUCGGCAGAGACAACGGCAGGGAUUUUGCUUAUGUGGCUCGAGACAACUUGACCCAAGUUCUGAAGUGUCAUGUUUUCCGCUGUGACUCACCUGCCAAGAACAUCGCCACCAGCUUACAUGAGAUGUGUUCAAAGAUAAUGAUGGAGAGAAAGGCGACCAAGCCAGGGGUGAGCAGGCUGAACUCUGACCCGGGUAAACCUGGGCUCAUCCCUGUUGAAGAGUUUCCUGCUCCAAAGAACGAACUCUUCCAGCGCUUCCAUGUUUAUUACCUUGGUUGUGAGACCGUGGCAAGGCCAGUUGGUGUGGAUGUAAUCAAUGAUGCACUAGAGGCAGCAAUGAAUGGCAAAGAUAAAAACGACUGGACUCCCGUCUCUGUGAAUGUCGCACCAGCCACCCUCACGAUCCUUUCAAAACAGGAUGAGGAGGUGCUGUCGGAGUGCAGGGUCCGUUUCCUCUCUUUCAUGGGUGUGGGGAAAGAUGUCCACACGUUCGCUUUCAUCAUGGCGGAGGGUCCCCGAGAGUUUACCUGCCACAUGUUUUGGUGCGAACCCAACGCUGCCAGUCUGAGCGAGGCUGUGCAGGCGGCCUGCAUGCUUCGUUACCAGAAAUGUCUGGAUGCACGUCCGCCCAGUCUAGCCUCCUGCCUGCCCACUCCUCCUGCUGACUCAGUGGCUCGACGGGUCAAGAAAGGGGUGCAGAGUCUGCUGGGCAGCUUUAAGAGCUACAGGUCAGGUUCUCAGUCCCCUUGAGUCGGAGCGAAGAUGAUCCAUUAAACCCAAGGUCCAUCACAGCAGCCCCUUCUCACUCUCACUGCUCCUCCACCUCUCAUCCUUCUGCCACAGUUUCGCCUUACGACCGUUUCACUUGUCUAGUCGCUCGUCUAGUGCGUGGAGUAGUUUGUGGGGGAAAUGUGUGUCUGAAAAGGUUGCAUUUAUCUCUUUUUAUGGCUUUUACUUUAUACAAGAAUUUUAAACUCUCAUCUCCAAACAGAUGAACCCCUGGCAUCAAAUGUUUUCUUUGCUGGGAUUCCUUCUGUGAGUCUUUACUAUUUUUGUGUUUUAACAGAAACAAUGCUAUGAAUGUUGGAUAUGGAUGUAAUAUAUUUUACAUGCAGACGCUAGAAUUUGAUCGAUUGACUCCCCUCACAGAAAUGCUCUCAUCCCCUUGUCCUCCUCGGUGCAAUUAUCAUCUCGAACACUCCUCCUUUUCUACUGUCUCAAGAACGUACUGUAACGCAGUCGUCGUCACUCGGUGUCAAACAUCCCAGUACUGACUUUCUAAAGCAUCGCCGCACCUCUCUCCACCACCUUAGGUUGUAAUACAAGCGCUGUAGGCGUGUCAGUAGUGUGCCACGUAGUUAUGUCCCUGACUCUCCCAAACAAUGUAUUUUAGUCUUCCAAAGAACUGUACGGUCAUCUGUCACAUAGUGAGCAACCACUGAUUUGAGUGUAGUGUGUUUCUCAUUCAUUCUGCAUGAACAUUUGCAAGUUCAGUGCUAGUGUGCAAUAAUCAGAUGUUCCAGUGUGGUGUGGUGAUACGAUGGCUGCCAUGCGAUUAUCUGUUCACUUUAAUGAGAGAGUCUGAGUAGACUGGGUGUGAGGCUAAUGGAACAACAGAGCCAUGUUGAAAAUCAUUAUCUUGUGAUAGAUAUAAUAGUAAUAAAAAAUACAAACUCUGGGUUUUCUCACAGCCGUUUAUCACCAACAACUACUGAAUAGUACUGUAGAAACUCACCACAAGCUGCAUGUUUUGAUAGCUUAGAGUUAUUGCUGCUUGCAGCAGUGUAGUGCUUAAGAGCCAUCAAUGUAUCCUGUAAAUUCUUUCUCUGUGUUUCUGUACGGUAAGAGGAGGCUGGAGGUGAUGUGUUGUUUCGUGUUACAUAGGCAUGUCACUCUAGUUAGUGUCAGUGUUUAUCAUAAGCUAGCAGUAGAAAGUUAGACUUCCUGUCAGUUCCUUCAGACUGAAAAGAUGAGAGCAGGUCAAUGUCUGUAUUUACAGUUUGUGUAAAUGGGAAACCUAGAGAUGAUGUCUCCAGUGGUUUACAUUUUUAUUUUUUCCUUGGCCACGUUUUGACGUGUGUGUGUGUGUGUGUGGGCCCCGGCCGCUCCAGUUAAUGUAUUUUUUAUUGUUUCCACACACGACAAUGUACACAAUUAAGAUGAUUUUCACGUUAGCUCGUUAGAUUUAGUUUUUAUAAAGAACACACUAAUUAGCCAAGUUGUAUUUUAUCUUUGUGUGUCUGUCAGUGAUCAAUACUGUAUGUAGCACAAUAGUAAUAGUCAUCUCUAAUAUUAAAGAUGCAGUUUGUAAGAUGUUUUGGUAACUUUGAUCUCUGCAGGGCAUUUAUUUGGCCAUGUUGUCUGAGUCAUUAGUAGCUGAUUAUGAAGCACCCUCAGGCUAACUGACCUCACUAAAACCAGAAAUCUGUUUUACAUUAAAUGUAUCACUCAACUAAAUAACAACUACUAACAUUAGGAAAGGAAUCCAGAGUUCAAAGUUUCUUUUAGUAAAUAAUAAUAAUAGAUAUAUUUUAUGAAACACUGAUUUCUAAAUACCCUUUUGCAUACCAAUGCACAUCUACGGUCUAAAAUUAGACCAUUUUAAAAUAUUUUUAAUCAUCUCACUCAUUGAAUUGCUUCGAUUCGAGCAAUUAGUUUUGUCACCUCCUUAAAGUUCAGGCUUUUUGAAGUUAUUUCUGUAUCGCUGAAAGCUGAAACCACAAGAAGGAGUGCUAAAUAAAGUUUGAAACUUGUACAAUGUAUAGCUGCUAAAAUAUAAUCUAAACUCGGAACAUAAAAACACAUCCGAGUUCAGACAAAUGUGACGCUGCUGUUUGAGACGGAUCCCCAAACAGGAAGCUGUCGUGGAGUCUGUCCUGUUGUCUUCAUCCAGGUGUGGAAGCAAAAACUUUCACUCCAGUUGCGGCACUAAAACUCUCACCAACUGCUUCUUUAUAUGUGUAAGUUAUAACACUAAUGAAAAUUAGACUACACUGACUCAUAUUACUGCCUUGUCACUCACGUGUCACUUGGAAUUAUUGUGCUUUCUCUCCUUCAAAGAUUGCUGUGUCCAGUCAGUGGCAACACUAAAGCCAGACGAGUUAAAAGAACAUUAGCAGAUUAAUUUAUUUCUGUUCAUGUAAAUUAGGUGUAUAAAAUGUAUGUAUAUAAAAGUCACUGCACAAUAAAUGUGAACAUAUCAUAA